AUGCUUAAGGCCGGCUCUGCUGCCAAUUCCAAGUCAGCUGGUGACUCUGAUCCUUCCUUCCAGUCACAUUCUGAGAUUCUUGAUAAAUCUGGUCAACAUGACUCUUCUCAAAAGUUGACCCGCAUUGCUGCCAAUUCCAAGUCAGCUGGUGACUCUGAUCCUUCCUUCCAGUCACAUUCUGAGAUUCUUGAUAAAUCUGGUCAACAUGACUCUUCUCAAAAGUUGACCCGCAUUGCUGCCAAUUCCAAGUCAGCUGGUGACUCUGAUCCUUUCUUCCAGUCACAUUCUGAGAUUCUUGAUAAAUCUGGUCAACAUGACUCUUCUCAAAAGUUGACCCGCAUUGCUGCCAAUUCCAAGUCAGCUGGUGACUCUGAUCCUUCCUUCCAGUCACAUUCUGAGAUUCUUGAUAAAUCUGGUCAACAUGACUCUUCUCAAAAGUUGACCUGGAUUCCUGCCAAUUCCAAGUCAGCUGGUGACUCUGAUCCUUCCUUCCAGUCACGUUCUGAGAUUCUUGAUAAGUCUGGUCAACAGAUUGUGACACAGCUCCAAAAUGAAAAUGAGAUUUCUGUUCCAAGACUGAGACGGACUAAAAGUAUAAUAAUGAAAGAGACAGAUGCUCAAAAUUCUGAUGAGCUCUUUGAUUCUACACCAGAGAGUUCUGAUAAUUACAUUCCAGAUACCACUUCUGAAAGUGAUAGUGAUGCUAGCCUUACACUUAACCCAACAAAACAUCAGCUUCUUAAUGAUGAACUGGAUGUUUGUGAGUCUGACUCUGAGAGUUCCCCCUUAUUGUGGCACAGCAACGUCAGACAAAACACACACCUUUACAUCUGA